AAACCAACAAUUCGAUAUAUAGGCGGACUUUGUUGCGACACGAAUACCAUUUGAUAAAUUGAAUGUAGUGUUUAAGUUUUGCGAUUGAUUUGGCCAGGAACAAUGCAUAGGAUUCAUUGAAUCUUUGAUUUGUAUGUUACUUUGUUUUCUGUUGUUUUCUUUUUUUUAUUUGACGAAGUGGUUUCGUUUAUUUGGUCACUGGCACUGGUGCAAUAACAUCCAAUCUAAAUCUUCAAAGAAUACACACAGUUACAGUACUUCCAAGUGUUAAAUUAUUUUUAAAAAAAAUAGCAUAAACUUGAUUGAAACAUACAAAUCACAUCAAAAUGAUUCAUUUAACGUCGCAAACAUUAUCCGCUAAGGAAAUGAUACAAAACGUAUUUUCACCAUUGAUUGGAGUCCUUUGCAGUCCACAAGCAGAUGAAUUAUGCUACAAAAAUAAUCUUUCAUUCGUUGAACUAUUGCAACCAUUCAGUAAACUCACAAAUGAUGCUUAUAUUCGUGAUGCCACCGGAACAUCAACAUCAGUCAAAGGCAUACGCCUGAAUUUCUGCGAUGUUAACUGGAGACCGCCACAAACAAUGGUUGCACGUAAAAUGCUCACCGACACAGUCACUGCAGCCCAAUCAACAAAAUCGAAACCAAUUCAAAUUGACGAAAAAACGUUCAUUGACAUUCCAACUUCAGAGCCAUGGUUCGAACAAUGGCGCGAAAUAUUUUUAUCGAUUCAAUCACAAUCUGAUCACGAAUUUACACGACAUUUUCUAAGUUGUCUCAUUGUCCUAUCAACAAAUGAUCCGAAUUCGUUGGAAACAGCCCAUUUACUAACACGCAAAGUGCAAGUGAUGCAAAAUACAACACCACCAAAAGUUCCGAAAUGGUUCACACCAGACGCACUAAAUUGCUAUGUUCUCUUGCAUGAUCCAACACAAGGCAAUGUAACUAGUGCUCAACAAGCCUUCGAGUCGUUGAAAUUAACAUUUGGUGACAAUAAAUGCUUUUUAGUACAAAUAAAUUCACAACAAACACCUUCAUCCAACGAUGUUCUCGAUCCAUGGGUGAAAUUUUUGCGGAGACAACCAAAAAUGGAUGAAACAUCGGAUUCAGGAAGUGCACCAAAAACACCACAAGACGUGACCAGUCUAUCAUCAAUGCCAUUGACCGUUCAAAUGUCCACGCUAGAAACUCCCCCAUCAGGUAUUGCUGCCGAAGAAAUGGUAGAUCAUCCACUUAGCCCCACACAAGAACAAUUUUCUGAUACUAUUCAUUCGAAUUUCUCAUCUAGUCUAGACAGUCUAUCAUCGCAAACACAGAUUGUGAAUCCGAAUGUAUGGGAAUCGGAUGUGGAUGUGAAACGUGGAAUUUAUUUAACUGCCGUAGAUAUCGAUAAUCUUAAGCAUUUAGUACAGGAUUUUAGUAUACGGGCACUGAUUCCAUAUAUUGAACGGCAAAUUAUCUUACUCAACGAUACGGUUUCGAACAAAAAGAGCGUCAGUCGAUCAUUGUUGAGCGCAACAAAACGGUUCUUUGCCACAAAACCUGGUGCAAGUACACAAAACGAAAAUGUAGUCGUAUACUCAAGUGAUUCAUCGCUUGAAUUACAAACGAGAAAAUUAGGUGAUUUACACUUUUUAUUUGGUAACUAUUCGCAAGCCUUUCAACAAUAUCAUCAAGUAAAACGCGAUUUUCAAGUCGAUUCAGCAUGGCAAUAUUAUGCUGGUGCACUGGAGAUGGCAGGUUUAUCUGCAUUUUUAUCGAAUACAACAAACGCAUCGAAUCAAAAAUCAUAUAGCCGAGGUGAGAAUCACGCGAAAGCAUUUAGUUACUUAGAAGAGGCAAUUGUAGUUUAUUUAAAUCAAUGCAAACUUCAAAAUUUGGCUAUAAGAUGCACGCUGCUGAGUGUUGAAUUAUUGAAAUCAUCGCAACUUUUCACGGAAGGUGCACGGCAAUUUAUCCGAAUGACAAGUACGGAUCAGGAUUUGAUGUCAGGUUUACUGCUCGAACAAUCGGCCUAUUUAUUUUUAAAGGCAAAUCCACGUCAAUUUCGAAAGUAUGCAUUUCAUGUGGUUCUAGCUGGUCAUCGAUACUCAAAAUCUGGCCAACGAAAACAUUCGUUCCGUUGCUAUCGUCAAGCAAAUCAAAUAUUCCAAAAUCGUGGAUGGGAUUUAGCUGAAAGUCACAUUUUUUAUACGUUGAGCAAACAAGCAAUAACUCUUAAGAAAGUUGAUGAAGCUGUUACGGCAUUGGCACAUCUCUUGCGUCCAUCCAAUUUACAAAGUGCAUCCCAACAAGCAUCUUUCUUAAGCGAAUACAUUGCAACGCAAAAAAUGUUCUUGAAACAAACCAAUUCCGAUACGUUGCUUGACAUUGGACUACCGAAGGUGGUCAAAACAUCAGUUCGUGUUUUAAUAUCAUGUCCAUCACCGAUUACAGUUCCAAAUUUGGUGGCCGCAUCGAAUAUUAACAUUAAUAUGAAUCAAAAUGAGGCGGCCGACGAGUGGAAGUGGAAUAGAUUGGAAUGGAUUGCCGCUCAGUCUGCAACAAACAAACCAAUUAUGGUUUUUAAGCCAAAUCGAUCAUUAUUCACAUAUCAAUUGCCGACCACUGAAAAUCCGCUCAGCAUACAAGGAGAACCCGUUGAAAUUAGUUUUGCAUUAGAAAAUACAAUAAAGCCGCCGAUUACUUUUGACGAUAUCAAUAUACUGUGGACGUUUACAAAUCAAAAUGGUGAAGUUUUUACAAAUCGAAAUUUAUUUAAAAAUGACAUUGGCAUCGAUGACCGAAAUAGCAUUUACAAUAUUGUCGCGUCCACAUUUAUUAAGCAAAUAAAAUUAAAUGAACACGAAAAGAAAGUUGUUGUGAUGAAAUUAACACCACAUCACAUUGGAAACUUGGAUAUUCAAGCCGUUGUUGGCAAAUUGGCAACAAAAGAGACAUCAAGCUUAUGGGGGAAAAUUGACUUUGAAGCGCCAAUUAUUAAACCAGAUGGACCAUCAUCGGCCGAUAAACCACCUCAAUAUGAUAAGAAAUUAAAAUUAACGAUAUUACCACCAGCACCAGCACUACAUGUGAGCUUCACUCAAAUACCUGUGGAGGUGUUAGCCGGCGAAAUAAUACCGAUUACCGUUUAUUUAACAAAUGCUGGCGCUGAGUCAUUGAAUGACAUUUGGGUGGUUGCAGACGAACCACGUUGGAUCCUAGGCGAAUUAAAUAGUCAAGAGUUACCAUUAUCAUUAUUAAGAGAUUUCAAAGAUCUCACAAAUGAAACAUUGGGUCGUGAUAGAGAAGCAUGUAAGCAACAUGCGUUUAAAUUGUUCUCGACAUCAGGUGGAGUGUUACAGCCAAAAGAAGGAAAAACUGUAACAAUUUGGCUUCAAGCACCAUACAAAAAAGGUCAAACAACACUCAAGCUAUUAUUUUACUAUGGAACUCCUGAACAUUAUCCAAAACUUCGAUACCGUUUGGUCCGUCAUACAUGGAAUUUAAAUGUAAAUGAAUCACUGUGUGUUGAUGCGACUUGUACACCCAACAUUGCUGCAUCGGAUCAGUUUGGUGUUGAUAUUUACGUUAAAAACCAGAAUCAAGUUCAUCAUGCGCUCGUCACCGAAAUCUACUUGAGUGAUAUCAAAUUGUUUUGUCCGGUUUACAAACUAAGUCAUGAUAGUAUAAAAUACCUCCAAAGUCCCGGCUAUACUCGUCUUAUGCAUGAGAAUAAUGGUUUGCGAAUCAAUGAAUCGAUCGGCUUUCGAUGUUUGCUCGAAAAGAAUGAAAAGCAAUUGGUGCCAGCAACAAAUCCAUUGGACUUUGUACGGAAUCGAUUAUCAGGCAUUGCCAUUAAAGCGAAUACAACUAUUGACCGUGAUAUACCUAGUUUAAUGAAUUUGGAUAGUUUUCUCAUGAAAAAUGAAACAAAAUUCAUUAGUGUUAUGAAACUAGUUAGCAAUAGCGAAGAAUUUAAUCAAAUUGUAUCAACCGCCGAUCCACAUAUGACAAUUUGUUUGACAUGGAGUGCAACUGUGAAUGAUAAUAAUUCAACGCAACGCGUUACAUUUGGCCAGCAUUUCGUGCAAUUAAGACAUCUUUAUGAAACUCUCAGUUGUCCACCAUCGGCAGCCGGUUUGCAGUCAUUCAACGAACACGAGCAAAAGAUUCGCAUAUACAAUAAUUUACCAUCGUCAAAAUUACCAACAGAAAAUGAAUGCAUUCCAUGGGAUCCAAAUGACGUAAAUGUACUCACCCGAUGCUUUUUGGAAGUCGAAGAAGAGACUUCAGUUGGUGCAAUGGGUACCGGUGCCGUUAAUUAGUUUUAAGUAAAUAUAAUUUUGUUUCAAGAUUUUGAAUAACAAAGAAUAUACCCGCUCUUCGAACAAAUGCCAAGAAAUGCAUUUUUGUAUGAGGAAUAAACGUUCUUGUUUUGAUGUA